CGGAACGGUAUUUUGAUUUCGAUAGAAUCAUUUGUAGACGCGAGUAUCGAGUACUAAUCAUUGCAAUUCGACGUUAUAUAAUUUUAGUGAAUUGUUCUGAAAUUGAGAAUAUUUUUGCACUUUAUUAGUUGAUCUACAUAAAAGUGACAAACGAAUUCUCAGCAUCUGUUGAUUCAUCGACGUUUCUGGUGUAUGAAUGUACCGCGCGCCGAAAGAAAAUACUUAUUUUUUUUUCAAACAUGAUGUCAAAUCUCCUGCUAUUACAAUUUGAAAAGUGUUUAUAGAGGAUUCGAUCUAUAAAUAACGUAACAAAACGCAGAAGGAUUUAAAUUUGGGUCGACUACGUCUACAUACCGCCCGGCUAGGCUAUUUUAAAAUUGUACGAAUCUCUUGUUUUGACACCUUACGUUUGAGCCGUUUUAUUUUCAUCAAUUCGUUUAUCAAUUUACAGGGACAUUCACUAAAAUUUUAACGGCAACAUGGGAAUGAUUCUAUCAAGAUUUCGAAAAAAGAAAACGACAAUUGAAAUAUUGGAGGAUCUAGAUACGAAAAUUAAAGAAAUAGAGAGAUAUGGGCAAACUACAGAACAAAGACAUAAAAAGAUUGUUGGAACACUGAUUCUUUACAGUGUUAUACUUUAUAUUGUAACAGCAUUCAUUUUUUAUUUUUAUUUCUUCCCAGCAUCUUUAUAUGAUCAAAUAUUUUAUAUCAUUCCAUUGUUAAUUUUUCCAAUUCUAAUAUUACUUACAAAAAAAAUGGUUACAUGGUAUUAUAAACGUAAAAUCUCUGAGAAUCAAGAAAAAUUAAGUACAAUGCAAUCAGAGAAAAAGAAAAUCCUAGAUGAAGUUACAGAAACUGAAACAUACAAAAAAGCUAAAGAAAUUUUAAUGAAGUUUGCUCCAGAUCAGUUAAGAAUGACUCCUUUAUCUCCACAGCCAACUUAUAAGGUAUCACCACCAUUAGAAACAUCUCAAAGAUUUAGCACACCACAAAAUGUGAUAUCCCCCAUACCUUCUUCUGCGGAACUACGAAGAAGAGUAGUAACAAGUCAAAAUCAGCUGAACAUGCAAAGUGGUAUGCCCACUAACACUGGCCUUGUCCCAGUUGGCGUAGCUCCCACUCAAAAUCCAUCAAGUACUCCUUUCCAGGGUGGCAUGAAACCAAUUAACUCUCCAAUCAUGGGUUAUCGGUCACCGUUACCUCGUCCGGUAUUGCCUCGUGAAAGGAAUUACUUAGAUCGAUUAAUUGAUUAUUUAGUGGGUGAUGGCCCAUCAAAUCGUUAUGCGUUAAUUUGCCGACAUUGCGAAUCGCAUAACGGAAUGGCCCUGAAAGAAGAAUUCGAAUAUUUUGGAUUCAGAUGUUGUUACUGCAACUUCUGGAAUCCUGCAAGAAAACAAAAGAAACCUUCUGCGCCAAAAUUGGAGUAUGAUGCAACUUCUUUUGCACACAGUUCAUCAUCUUCAAAUACUCCUGAUCAUACAUUAGGUGCCACAAAUAUGGAACCUUCACAAGUUAUGCAACCGGAAACGACCCCAUCAGAUACAGAUUCCGACAUCGAAGUAGUUGAAAAACCGACAGAAAUUCCAGAAGACACUGAACAUAUAGAUGAACCAGUGAAAAACGAAUGUGAUGAACCAGAUGCUACAAAAUCUGAGACAAAAGAAGAGGAAAAAUGCGAAGAAAGUGUUGAGAAAAUGGACGUUGACGAUUCGUUCUCCUAACACGAACAUAUUUCAAAGGAAUAUAUGACAGAAAACAUUUUGUUAUGAAAUGUUACUACAAUUGACAUUGUAGUGCAUAG